AUGGAAUUUUCUGCCCUUCUGACUUCGGCGGGGAUAAACAUCGCUGUCUGUGUGCUCUUCUUGUCCCUCUAUUCAGUCCUCAGGAAGCAGCCUCACAACUUCAGCGUCUACUUUGGGAGGCGGCUUGCUGAAGAGAAGUUCCAGAGGCAGGACGAUUACUUCUCAUUUGAGAGGCUACUGCCUACUGCUGGUUGGAUUGUAAAGGCAUACUGGUGUACCGAAGAAGAGAUUCGCCAAGUUGCUGGCUUGGACUCUGUUGUGUUCCUUCGCCUCUUCAUUUUCAGCAUCCGUAUCUUCUCAAUUACUUCUCUUGUUUGUAUAUUUGUUGUGCUUCCUGUUAAUUAUCAUGGGAAAGAGAUGACUCACAAUCAUAUUCCGGCAGACUCAUUGAAUGUUUUUACUAUAGCCAAUAUCAUCGAAGAAUCUCGAAAGCUUUGGGUGCACUGCUCUGCUUUAUAUGUCAUAACAAUCUCAGCUUGUAUUCUUCUUUACCAUGAGUACAAGUAUAUUUCGAGGAAGAGAUUAGCACAUGUUACUGGAUCUCCUCCAAAUCCUGGCCAUUUUACUGUACUUGCCCGUUCAAUUCCGAGGUCAGACAAUGAGCUGCUUGAUGACACAAUCAGAAAUUUCUUUGUUAACUAUCACGGAUCAAGUUAUUUGUCACAUCAAAUGAUCUUUCGCAAAGGACAUUUUCAGAAGUUUGUGGAUAGAGCAGAGAGGGCUUAUAGGAAAUUUGUAAGGGUAAGACUCUCCGUAUCUGAGCGGAAUGGAAGAUCUAACAUGUCCAGAUGUGGUGUUUGUGGUGUAAGAGCUUCCUCAUUUCAGCUUUACCGCAGCAAGUUCAUCGAGGCCAAGAAGGCAGACCUCACUAAUCCGGAAGUAGUGGAAGCUCAAAAGAACUGUCCCGGUGCCUUAGUGUUCUUCAAGACUCGCUACGCAGCUGUCGUCGCUUCUCGUGUACUCCAAUCAUCAAAUCCUAUGUUAUGGGUAACAGAUUUGGCUCCUGAGCCACGCGAUGUAUAUUGGUCAAAUCUCUGGAUCCCCUACAGACAGAUCUGGCUUCGGAAGCUAGCGACACUCGCAGCUAGUGUUGUUUUCAUGUUUGUGUUCAUCAUCCCCGUCGCAUUUGUCCAAAGCAUGAUGCAAGUGGAGCAGCUCAAAAGGAUGUUUCCAAGCUUGACAGGUAUCCUAAAUAAGUCCUUCUUCGCCAGAGUGAUAACAGGAUACCUUCCUAGCGUUACUUUGCUGCUGUCCCUGUACACCGUUCCUCCAUUGAUGAUGCUCUUCUCUUCUAUAGAAGGGUCUAUUUCUCGCAGCGGAAGGAAAAGAAGCGCAUGCUUGAAAAUUCUCUUCUUUAACAUCUGGAAUGUCUUCUUUGUGAAUGUCCUGUCAGGAUCCGUACUCAACCAGCUCAGUGUCUUCUCCAGACCAAAGGACAUGCCGACUAUGCUAGCUGAACUAGUGCCAAAGCAGGCAACCUUUUUCAUCACGUAUGUGCUCACCUCAGGCUGGGCAAGUCUGUGCUCGGAGAUAUUGCAAGUGUACAACUUGGUCUACAACUUCUUCAGCAGAUUUAUAUGUUGCUGCCAUCAGAAUACCGAAUACGUCUACUCUUUCCCGUACCACACCGAAGUGCCGAAAAUCCUCCUGUUCAACCUGCUUGGCUUCACGUUUUCGAUCAUGGCGCCUCUCAUACUGCCCUUUUUGCUCGUAUACUUCUGCCUCGGCUACUUGGUAUAUCGGAACCAGAUUCUGAACGUGUACUACCCAAAGUACGAAAUGGGGGGCAAGCUGUGGCCGAUCAUGCACAACACCAUAGUGUUCUCCCUGGUCCUGACGCAGGUGAUCGCGAUCGGCGUCUUCACCAUCAAGCACUCCCCUGUGGCAGGAGGCUUCACCAUCCUGCUCCUCGUCGGCACCGUCCUCUUCAACGAGUACUGCAGGCACCGCUUCUCCCGCAUCUUCGACGCCUACUCCGCUCAGGACGUGAUCGAGCUGGACAGGGACGACGAGCAGUCCGGGAGGAUGCAGGAGAUCCACCAGCAUCUCCUGGACGCCUACAGCCAGACCCCGCCGGGGGAGGGAUCCUCCAGGGGCGGCAGCCAGGUGCCCAUCGAGCUCAUCAUGGAGGACCCCGCGCAGGAGGCGUCGGAGUCCAGCCAGGAGCUCUGUGACACCGUGCAGGAGGUGUCCGAGGCCCACGACCACGACCACAUCGUCGAGGACAAGGCGCAUUCCGUGUAG